AUGUUAAAAUAUUUUCCUCGAGCAGUGCGCAUAUGGCUUUAUGGAACCGCGCUUUUUAGUUUGGCGAUUGGUAUUAAUGUAGUUCAGCUUUUAUCAAUGUUGAUAAUUCCAUUUUCUAAAAGAUUAGUAUGGAAAAUCAAUUCUAGAAGUGCACAUAGUAUGUGGUGGGUCAUGCAAUGGAUAUUUGAGCGUCAACACAAAGGAAAGAUUACAUUUUCUGGUGAUAAAAUACCAUCAAAUGAGAGUGCAGCAGUCUCACUAUUGUUGUCGGAAGAUCUGUCGUUAUUAUUAUUGUUAAUGAGUGGAUCUGUUUCACCAACAUAG